CAUUUAAAAAUAUAAAUGUUUUGCGUUUGUGUUUGUAGAGAACGGUUAUUUUUUAGUUAUUUGUUUUUUUUUUAAAACUUUUUUAUUAUAUUACUUUAACAAAUAGUACAAAAGGUUUGUGUUUAACGAAAACAGUUUUUGAAUGUUUAUAGUAUAUCAAGCUUGGUUUGAGAACUAUUUUUAAAUAUUUUAGCAUUUGUGUAAAAUGAUGGAAACUUCAACUCCACUGCCUUCUGAAUUAAGAAGAAGAACAUUAUUAAAUAAUGCCCAGAAUACUGCUUCACCACUGAGGAAAUCCAUGAAUGUUUCGGUUCUAAACAAUUCAAUAAUAGAAGCUUCAGACGACGAUGCAGAACGAGCCGAUAGAAGAAAUCAGUUCCAAAUACAAAAGCGAUUGAGUUCGAUUAACACACCUAAACAAACUAAUUUAAGCGAAUCCUUCAUCAAUGAACAAUUUGUGAUGUACACUCAUUUAUAUACUGAAAACAAAAUUACUGUGAAAAAUGCUUGGAAAUUACAAAUUAUCGAUAUUCUCAAGCCUUUGUGCCAAAAACAUGGACAAAAUGUUCUACAAGUUGCAAGUACUUCUAUUGAUAUCAGUGCCAAAGUAUAUGGUAUAAGAGUAGAUGAUGUUCAUUCAGAGGGCCUAAAGUUAGCCAGUAAUAUGGCAAGAGUAUCUGAGGACGCAGUCCCUGCAGGAAAUGAUGAUGCCGAAUCUGGGGAUGAACAAGAUGGCGGACGUCCGUCAGAAAAAGCAAAAAAGAAGAAAAAGACAAAGGUUAAUACUGGAGUGAAAACUACAGUUGCUAAAAACCCUAAAUCUAAUCUGGGAAAAUUGUCAAACUUAGAACCGACCGAUUUUACGACAAGGGUUAAUGCGGAUACUGGCACCAUAGAUAAUCUUUUCAGUAACAUUUUAAAAGAAUCUUCAAGUUCUUUUAUAUUAUUAGAUGCCUCAAAGAAAUUCUUGGAAACUUCUGACAGUAUCGUCAAAAAUGAUGAGAGAAUGCCAUUAAAUAAUGUACUAUUACCACUCAAGCAUUGUAGUGUGAAUGCUCCAUUACAUGAUUUUAUAGUGAACCAGUGGGAUCCAGAGCAAGAAAUAGAUUUAUUAAAUGCAGACAAGUCGGUGCUCUCACAAAUACAACCAGUGGUAUUUGAUGAUAAUGGUUUCCCAAUUCCAGAACUUGAUGGUUCCGUUCAGGAUUGUUUUGAAAAUAAUGAUGCAGAUGUGGAAAUGGAUAAUCUUGCUGAUGAUGAUCAUGUUAUUGAAAUACGACACGCUGAACAUUUAGCGUCAGAAUUCCGCGGUUCCGUUACGCACGUUGUUGACUUCAGACCCACGGAAAAUACCAUGCAUUCUUCAGAGUAUUCCUUCAAUUCGAUAAUAACGAAUCCCGACGGAAAAUACAUAGAUCAAAUUUGGGCGGGUCCAAGUCAUUGGAAGCUCAAAUGUUUACGGAGAUCGACUCCCCGAUUUUCUGGCCAAAUCGUGCAAGAAAAACAAAAGAGACAGAAAAAGAAACCUGAAAUGAUUGAUUUUACUGAAGAACCUGGAGUAAUUGAUUUUAUAAAAAGAUCUGCUUCAAAGAAGAGAUCGACUAUAGAUCUUGACAAAAUAACGCUUCCUCUCAUGGACCAGUCUUGUGCGAGAAUAAUGACAAAUAUAAAGGAAUUAAUAUUAAAGCACGGAGUUUGUCCUGUGGAAAAGACGGACAAACCUAUCACCGAUACAGAAGAGUUGGAAGUUAAUCCAUACAAUUAUGAAAAUGAAAAUGAUUCUUUAUACUGUUCUCAAUCACAACCUCAUGACAACUUGGAAGCUGAUGAUAAUGUUGAAGAAGACGAAGGAUUCAUCAAUCAAGAAGUGGGAAAUUUGGCAGAAAAUUUGGUUGAUAAUCCUGAAAUGGUACCAAAUACUUACAUUCACUAUGCCCAGAAAUCUAAACAAAUAGAUAUGAGAAAAUUAAAGAAGGCUAUUUGGAUGAGACUGACAGGUUGUAAAACGGCUAAUUCUGAGGUACAACAAAACGUCCAAGUGAUACCCCAGAAUUUUUCGAAUUUGUACAAGUCGCUGCCAGAAUUACUUGGACAAAAGGAAAAACAAGAAAUGUCUUGUCCGUUAGCGUUUGUGGCGCUACUACAUCUGUGCAAUGAGCAAAAUCUGCAGUUGACUCAACUCCCAGGAUACAAAGAUUGUCUGAUCAAGGGACCUGUUGUAUCAUAGUAAUCUUCAAAUAUCAUAAUUGUAAAUAAUUUAAAUUUUAAUUGUAUUGUAAUGUUUAUCAAAUAUGUAUAUUUUUAUAUUUAAAACAAAUAUAGUAUAAUAUGGUACUUUAUACAGAUUUUAUUGUAUUUUUUAGAAUUGUACGUAGUUAGUUAGCAAACAUUUUAACUGCUUAGAUUUGUAUAUUUUCUUUUUGGUUGGGUAACCAGUGAUAUUUUUUUCAGUCAUUAAUAUUUUGUACAACAUGAAAAUACUUUGCUGCAGACGCAUCAGUGGUGGAGCUCCCAAUGACGGGGUCUUAAAAAGUCGUUGUAGAUAAUUAACUUGACAAAAGCUUUGAUAGCUCAGAUCGUUAGCACUCAAUUUUAGAUUUCACCAUUCGAGUUCAGUGCCCAGUAAAAGCAAUCAAACAUUCCAUGUUCUACAAGGUAAGAAUGAAAGACACAUUUGUAAUUUUACCUUGCGCAAAUAAAACACCUAAAAGUAUCACUAGCUCCAUAACCAUUUUAAUUCAAGAUAUCUGUACAGUUCUUUUUUAUUAAACUCGACUCGUGUUA